AUGGCCUCGGCGGGGACCCCGGAGCAGCGGCUCCCCGGGGCGGAGCGGCCGGCGGCGGCGGCGGGGGGCCGGGCGGAGGCGCCGCGGUGCCGCAGUCUGCCCGCGCUCGGCUCCCCCCUGGCGGCCGGGGGGGGCGGCGGCGGCGGCCCCGCCGCGGGACCGGCUGCCGAGGCCGAGCGGGGCCAGGGCGCCGCCGCCGAGGCUGCCCGGCCCCCCGCCGCCUCCAGUGGCAGCCGGAGCUUCCCCUGGAAGACGGAGGGUGGCCAGCCGGCGGCGCCCGGCCGAGGGGUAACCCUGGGCCCCCCUCCGCUGCUGCCGCCGCCGCCGCCGGCGCUGCUGCUGGCGGGCCCCCCGGGGAGAGCGUGCCUGCGGGCAGUGCUGGCGGACUCGCGCUUCUUCUUGGUGUGCAUGUGCUUCCUGACCUUCAUCCAGUCCCUCAUGGUCUCCGGCUACCUGAGCAGCGUCAUCACCACCAUCGAGCGGAGAUACAGCCUCAAGAGCUCGGAGUCGGGGCUACUGGUCAGCUGCUUCGACAUCGGGAGCCUGGUGGUGGUGGUCUUCAUCAGCUACUUCGGGGGUCGCGGGCGGAGGCCGCUGUGGCUGGCCGUAGGGGGGCUUUUCAUCGCCAUGGGCGCUGCGCUCUUCUCCUUACCUCACUUCAUCUCUCCGCCGUACCAGAUCCAGGAACUGAACUCCUCCGUCAGUAACGAGGGCUUGUGCGUGGCUGGCAAUGGCACUGCCAAAGAGCAGUGGGACUCGUCGGCCUGCAUCAAGGACACCGGUGGAAAUGACCACUCUCUCUAUGUAGCUUUAUUCAUUUGUGCCCAAAUCCUCAUUGGCAUGGGCUCGACACCCAUCUAUACCUUGGGACCAACCUAUUUAGAUGACAAUGUCAAGAAAGAAAAUGCCUCGCUUUAUCUAGCCAUCAUGUAUGUAAUGGGAGCACUUGGACCUGCAGCUGGAUACUUAUUAGGAGGACUUCUCAUUGGUUUCUAUGUUGAUCCUAGGACAACUGUGUAUAUUGACCAGAGUGAUCCCCGAUUCAUUGGAAACUGGUGGAGUGGAUUUCUCCUUUGUGCCAUUGCUAUGCUCCUUGUGAUAUUUCCCAUGUUUACCUUUCCGAAAAAGCUCCCUCCUCGACAUAAAAAAAAGAAAAAGAAGAUGAAUUCUGAUGAUGUUUCAAGUGAUGAUGAUGUGAUGAAGGAGAAAACAAGUAGCAAAACAGAAACUGACAGUUCAGUUUCUGCCUCUAUGGGAUUUGGAGAGAAUGUUAAAGAGCUUCCAAGAGCAGCUGUCAGGAUCUUAAGCAACAUGACAUUCCUUUUUGUGAGUUUGUCAUACACAGCUGAGAGUGCCAUUGUCACAGCUUUUAUUACCUUCAUUCCCAAGUUCAUCGAGUCACAGUUUGGCAUCCCAGCUUCCAAUGCCAGCAUCUACACUGGUGUGAUUAUUGUCCCAAGUGCUGGUGUUGGUAUUGUCCUAGGUGGCUACAUUAUAAAAAAACUGAAACUUGGUGCAAGAGAGUCUGCAAAGUUGGCUAUGAUCUGCAGUGGUGUAUCUCUGCUGUGCUUUUCAACACUCUUCAUUGUUGGAUGUGAAAGCAUUAAUCUAGGGGGAAUAAAUAUACCUUACACAACUGGUCCCACUCUUGCCAUGGCCCACAGGAAUCUGACUGGAAGCUGUAAUGUUAACUGUGGAUGUAAGAUUCAUGAGUACGAGCCUGUCUGUGGAUCAGAUGGAAUAACAUAUUUUAAUCCUUGCCUAGCUGGCUGCAUCAGUGGUGGAAACCACAGCACAGGGGUCAGAAAUUACACAGACUGUGCCUGUGUGCAGAGUCGCCAGGUGAUCACUCCGCCGACAGUGGGCCAGCGCAGUCAGCUCCGGCUGGUGAUUGUCAAAACCUACCUGAAUGAGAACGGCUACGCCGUGUCCGGGAAGUGUGAUCGAACCUGCAACACGCUCAUCCCAUUCCUCAUCUUCCUCUUCAUUGUAACCCUUAUAACAGCAUGUGCCCAGCCUUCAGCAGUCAUAGUGACACUCAGGUCUGUGGAAGAUGGGGAGCGGCCCUUUGCACUAGGAAUGCAGUUUGUUUUAUUAAGAACUCUUGCUUACAUUCCCACUCCAAUUUAUUUUGGGGCUGUUAUUGACACCACGUGCAUGCUUUGGCAACAGGAUUGUGGCGUACAAGGAUCUUGUUGGGAAUACGAUGUCACCUCGUUUCGUUUUGUCUACUUUGGGUUGGCAGCUGCUCUCAAGUUUGUGGGAUUCUUUUUUAUUUUCCUGGCCUGGUAUUCCAUAAAGUGUAAAGAAGAACAACUGCAGAGACAGAGUUGGAGGGCUUCGCCGGUGAACACUGUGAGUGAGAUGGUUGGACAAGCUGGACCCCAACAAAACUAUGCACGGACUAGAUCCUGCCCUACCUUCAGUUCCCAAGGAGACAUCAGUGUGGCACAAGGAAUGAACUGCUUAGCACAGACCUACCCCGGCCCUUUUUCAGAAGCAAUAAAUUCCUCAAAUGAAAAUGCAUUGGAAGAAGUUGUUGAGAUAUAG